AUGGCGGCGGGGCGGGACGGCUGCGGGGCGCUGCUCACCUGGCUGCAAACCUUUGACCCCCCCUCACCGUGCGCGGCCCCCCCAGACCUGGCCAGCGGCGUGACCCUCGCCCACGUCCUGCACAAAAUCGAUUCCUCGUGGUUCGAUGAGACCUGGCUGGGCCAGAUCCGGGAUGACACCGAGGGCAACGCUCGGAUCAAGGUGAACAACCUGCGCAAGGUGCUGCAGAGCGUGCUGGAAUAUUGGCAGGAUGUGCUGGGCCAGGCCGUGGCAGAGCAGCACGUGCCGGACGUGGCUCCGGCCGCCCAGCACGGCGACCCCGAGCAACUGGGCAAACUGGUCAAACUGGUGCUGGGCUGUGCCGUGAGCUGUGAGAGGAGGGAAGGGGGAAUACCUGGGAGGGGAUCCCGCACACCUAAGCCCCUCGUGCACACCUGGGCCCCUCAGGUGGCCACGCUGCUGGAGGAGAAGGGACACCUGGCCGCAGAGAACCGGGCUCUGCGGGAGCAGCUCGACUCGGACGCCGCCGGCGCCGCCGCCAAGAAGCUGCUGCGGCUGCAGACGCAGGUGGAGGAGCUGCAGGAGGAGAAUUACAGGCUGGAGAGCGGCAAGGAGGAGCUGCGGGCGCGCUGCUCGCGGCUGGAGCAGGAGGCGCGGGGGCUGCAGGAGCGGGCGCAGGAGCUGAGCGGGCUGGCGGGGGAGGCACGGGCGCUGCGGGACGAGAUGGACCUGCUCAGGGCAUCCUCGGCUCGGGCCGGCCGGCUGGAGGCGGCGGUAGCCACGUACCGGGGCCGCGCGGCGGCGGCGGGCGAGCUGCGGCGCUGGGUGCGGGCGCUGGAGGAGCGCCACGCCGCCCAGGUGCGCCGUGCAGCUCACCUGCAGCAGCAGCUGGGCCGUGCCCAGGCCAGCUGUGCGCAGCUGGAGGCCGCCCGCAGGCAGGUGGAGGAGCUGAGCGGGCAGCAGGCGGAGGCGGCGCUGAGGGCUGAGAAAUGGCACCUGGAGUUCCGGCACCUGCAGGAGCGCUUCGAGGCUCUGAGCCAGGAGAAGGAGCGGCUCCUGGAGGAGCGGGACGCGCUGCGCGAGGCCAACGAGGAGCUGCGCUGUGUGCAGGUGCAGCAGAGCUACCUGAGCCAGACAGACACAGGCCCAGCCCCUCCCCGGAAUUUGGCAGCUGAGAUCCUUCCUGCAGAGCUCAGGGACACGGUGACCCGGCUGCGGAGGGAGAACCGACGGCUGCGGCUGCAGCGGGACCAGCUCCAGCACAGGCUGGAGGCCACGGAGGCAGCUGAGGCUCGGCCAGCGCAGGGGAGGCUCAAGGAGGAGUUUUUGCUGCUGGACGAGACCCCGGAGGACCUGGAUGAGCUGCCAGAGGGAGAGGAGGAGGAGGACGAGGAGGAAGAGCUGGAGCCUCCCAGGGCUGGAUUUAGAAGUUCCACGAGAUCGCCCCCCCAAAAACCCUCAGUACCCCUCGGGGACCCCCCCAGAACUCCCCCCUUGGCCCCAGUCCUGCAGCUCCUCCGGAACCAACUGCAGGAGAAGGACGCGCUGAUCCGGCACCUGGAGAACGACUGGGAGCGCAGCCGGGCGCAGCGGGAGCGCGAGGAGCGGCUGCUGGUCACGGCCUGGUACAACAUGGGCCUGGCUCUGCAGCAGCAGGAGGGGGGGACGCCAUCCCGGGGCCUCCCCAGCGGGGCUCAAUCCUUCCUGGCCCAGCAGCGCUUGGCCACGGUGGCCCGGCGGGCACGGACCCCUCACGGCCGGGCUCCCCCCAGCUGA